AUGAACAACGGCGAACGUAGGAGGCGCAUGCCGCGUGUUUAUCUCAUCCGGCACGGCGAGACCGAGUGGUCAAUCAAUGGUCGUCACACCGGCACAACCGACAUCCCCCUAACCCAGAACGGGGUGGACAUGGUCCGCGCCAUGGCUCCCCGCGUCAUCGGCGCCGACAAGCUAAUCGACCCGGCCCACGUUCGCCAUAUCAUCGUCUCCCCCCGCGCCCGGGCGCAAGUCACCUCUCGCCUGCUCUUUGAGAACGACAUGCCUCCCGACUGCUCAUGGUCUACAGAGCCUGAUAUCGCGGAAUGGGACUAUGGCGCGUACGAGGGCAUGCUCACCAAGGACAUUCGGAAGGAGCGCCCGGGUUGGGAGAUCUGGCGUGACGGCUGUCCUCCCGGCCAUGGGACGCCUGGGGAAUCGCCAGAGCAGAUGACGGAACGCGUCGAUCGUGUCAUUGCCCGCAUUCGCGAAAUUCACGCCAAGGCCGAGUGCGUGCCGGAUGACGAAGUUGAUUAUUCGGACGUCAUUUUGUUCAGUCACGGUCACUUUACGCGGUCGUUUAUUGCGCGGUGGUGCCAGCUUCCAAUUCAGGCAGGGUACAACUUCUCCUCGGACGCUGGUGGACUCGCCAUGCUCGGAUACCAGCACAUGUCGUUGAAGGAGCCUUCGCUCCUUGGCCUCAACUGGUACACCGAGUACCAGAUGAAGACGAUAAGAUAG